AUGCCAGCUAAACAUGUUUAUCAGCCUACAGAUAUUGUGCUUGCGAAAAUGAAGGGGUAUCCUUCUUGGCCUGCGAUGAUUAUUCCGAAUGAAAUCAUACCGCCUAAUGUGAUCAGACUACACCGGAAGAACCAGCGUCAGGGCGAGGAUGUAGAUGAUGAGGCGGAACAGGAUGAUGCUGAGGAGAGUGAUUCCAAGUAUAUUGUAUAUUCAGAUUUGCUCAAGUUUCGGAGGUUUGAUAAGGUACAGUCGUCCUACUGUCUGAAGUUCUUGUGUGAUGACACGUACACGUGGCUUAAGGCUCAAGAUAUGUCACCGUUAACCGUGGAGCAAUGUAAGGAGUGGCUGAGUAAGUCUAACAAGUCGAAGAAGAAACAGAAUAGUAAGAACAAAAAGUUGGUGGAGGCUUAUGAGAUGGCGAUGAAGGGCACGGAUGGGAUUGACGUGUGGGAGUUUGUGGAGUAUGGUAGUUCUGGAAGACCGGAAGACGAGGAAGAAUAUCUUGAAGAAUCCACGCCUGGUGAUGAUGAUCCGGAAGACUCAGUUGAGUUUCAAGAUGAAGAAGAGGAUGAGGAUGAGGAUGAAGAAGAAGUCGGGGGUGCUACUAAUGGGAGCAAACUCUCGCCGAAGAGGAAAGAAAGGGUAACUUUGAAGCCUACGAGGAGCAGUAAGAGACAGAGGGCAGCAAGAGAGAGGAAGGAACAAGAGGUGAAACCCAAGCGACAGACUCGUUCUUCGAGAUCAAAGAGAGAAGUUGCUCUAGCUCAGGUUGACAAUACAAGCGACUUGAAGGGCAUAGAAAAUGAUAAAGAUGUUGAAUCAGGAUCCAAAAGGACUAUUGGACGUAGUAAGAAAACUGCAUCAGAUAAGAAACAGGCAAAUAGUAAGAAAAAUAAGAUUCAAGAACCCCAGCGAUACAAGUACGAGGAUGACGAGAAUUGGGAGAUUGUUGGUAUGGGUCCUCAGGAUCUGACCAUAAAUUCAUCUAACCCACUCCUCAAUAGACUCUCACAAAAGAAAAAUCUAGAACUUCAUAACGAGUUAAAACUUGACCUUCAAGAUAAGCUGUUUAUGAUCAACAGGCUUCUCCUGGAUGGAGUAUUAAGUAGCGAGGCUUCUCAGGAUGAAUUUGAGAUCAUAAUCGAUGAAAUAGAUAUUGCCAUCAGUAUGAAGGGAUCUCACAACGAACUCAUUACUGUUUUUCUUGCAAACAACGAGCUCUUGGCCAAUCUGCGUGCCCUUUUCAACUUGAAGCAGAAUCAGCUCAAGGCAUUCAACCUCUGGGAUAAAUUUAUGGCCAUAUUCGAUGAAGUCUACGGCUUUGAAUUUACACCUGAGGCUCAACCUUGGUCACUGGACGCUAUGAAUACUCAAGAAUCUGCUACCCAUGCAGGACCGGACAGACUAUCUCCUCAGCCGAAUGGGGGUUAA